AGUCUAGAGCCCACACAAAGAAAAAAAUCAGAGCAAGUAAAAAAACUGAAAACAAAAAAUUUAUAAUAAAUCUUUCACUUACCAAAUACUCUUUCCGUUUCAGUUUACAAUAAAAUUUCGUUUCAAAAUAAAUCGUUUUAGGAUUUCAAUGUAAAAUUUAUUAAUAAUAUUCUUCAGUUUAUUUAUUUUUCUAUUAGUUGAAAUAUGUUUAGGUAUAUAAGUAAAUAUAUUUUUAUUUUGAAAAUAUGCAAAAUUAAAUGUGUUCUUAAUGUAAAUCUAAAACAACAAUUAAAAUGAAAUAAGAGAAUAAGAUAUAAGUUUCACAGGAAAUAUAGGAACCCUAGAUUCGAAGAAUUCACAUAAAUAAAUCCAUUUUUAGGUCUCAUCACCGGACUUCAUUGUGCGUUGUGGAGAAUCAGUAAUCGCAAUCACUAGUAACCUUUUGGUGUCCGUGUGAUCUCGGGAGGUAGAUUUUUAUUGAGCUCUGAAACAAACAAAGAUGGUUCACAACAAGUUUCAUAAACAGCAGAGAUGGGUCUUGUUUCUACUUCAUGCACGGACCUGCAAACGGCCAGGAGUGAAGUGCCCGGGACGAAAUUGCGUUACGGUUCAGAAGCUACUGAGUCACAUGAACAGUUGUGUAGAGCCUCAAUGCUUGUAUCCUCGUUGUCGUCCCACAAAGUCGUUGAUUAGCCACUAUGUAAAAUGCAAGGAUCUUUGGUGCCUCGUCUGUGUACCAGUGAGGACAUACCGUAAGCAACAAGCUAAUGAGCGUGCCCUGGCCGGUUUGAAAAUCAAAAGCAGUAAAGUGGACAAAGCUCGAGUAUCAAACGACUCAGUACGGGCCUCUGCUGGAGCUGGUUCUGGUGCUCCUCGUUGUGCUGAUACUUCCGGUAAUUUGAAACUCCGAGAGGACAUGAGAACGCUUGUCCUCAGCGAGGUACAGAAACAGAAUCCAUGUGCAGCUGACGAUGCAUCAAAGAUUCAGCAAAAUGCCAACUCUUCUGCACCUGGGACUAUGAUAACAACCACUCCUGAAGUUUCUGAGACCACCAUGGAGAUAGAGAAGGUUUCUGAGAACAGAGAUCGGUUGGAGAUGGAGGUGGCAGAGAUUCUGAUGUCCAUGAGGGUUUAUCGCUGA